AGCCCCUCCGGUAAGAUGGACCUGCACCGCGCCGCCUUCAAGAUGGAGAGUUCGUCCUACCUACCCAGCCCCCUGGCGUCUCCGGCGCUGAUGGUGCUGGCGUCCACGGCUGAGGCGAGCCGCGACGCCUCCAUCCCCUGCCAGCAGCCGCGGCCGUUUGGUGUUCCUGCCUCCGUGGAGAAGGACGUGCACCUGCCCUUCGGCAACGGCUCGUACACGUUUGCGUCUGUGUACCACCGGCAGGCUGCUGUGCCCCCUGCCUUCCCUGGUCGUGACUUCCCACCCUCUCUGCUCCAUCUGCACCAUCAGUUUGCCCCGCCCAACCUAGACUGCUCGCCAAUCGGCAUGCUUAACCAUGGCGGCGUGGGAGCCUUCCGGCCAUUCGCCUCGCCACCGGAGGAGCGAGACUCCGCCCCUGGAGGAUACCAGUCGGCCUUCACACCCGCCAAACGCCUGAAGGGCUGUCUGGAGGCAGAGGCCUCGCCACACCUGCGCUACUCGGACGCCGACGGGAAAGAGUAUGAAUACAGCAGCAGCCAGCUGUCCGCCGGCUCACCCAGCACGCUCAAGGUCGCCGAGGACGCCAGCAAAAAGAUCUUUGGCGUGUCGGGGCUGCUGUCAGACCGUGAGACAUCCUCCAGCCCCGAGGACCGCAUCGAACGCUGUAAGAAGAAGGUGUCCCUGUAUGACAGUCAAGCCCCCAUCUGUCCCAUCUGUCAGGUACUGCUGCGGCCUGGAGAGCUACAGGAACACAUGGAGCAGGAGAUGGAGCGACUCACACACCUGCACAUCAGUAAGAACCCUUCGCACAAGGACGUUGGAACCGCCCCGGGCACACCCAAGUCUGUCCUGUUGUCAGUGCACAUCAAGCGUGAGGGUGAGUCUCCAGUCAUCUCUCCGCUCUCUGACGAAGCGCACCACUCUGACAGAUACCAGACGUUUUUACGAGUGCGUGCAAACCGACAAACGCGACUGAAUGCCCGGAUUGGGAAAAUGAAGAGAAGGAAGCCAGAGGAAGGGCAGGUAUGUCCGCUGUGCUGUGCUCCGCUGGAAGGGACAGGGGAGGAGAUGAAUAGGCAUGUGGAAGAGUGUCUGCUGAAGAGGGAAGGUGGUAUGGAGGACGAUCAGGGGGAUGUGGACAGUGAAAGCAGCACACGCUUUGAGGAGUAUGAGUGGUGUGGACAGAAGCGUGUCAGGGCCACUUCCCUACUGGAGGGAGGCUUCAGAGGAACAGGCUUUGCCAUGUGUAGUACUAAAGAGAGUCACGACAGUGAUGCUGACCUCGACGUGGACGGCGAUGACACGCUGGAGUACGGGAAAGCGCAGUAUACGGAGGCAGACAUCAUUCCCUGCUCUGGUGAAGACCAGGGUGAGACCAAAGAACGAGAGGCCCUGCGCGGAGCCGUCUUGAAUGGGGGGAUGCCGACCAACCGGAUAACGCCAGAAUUCUCCAAGUGGGCGAGCGACGAAAUGCCGUCCACUAGCAACAGUGAGGGCAGCAAACAGGAGACCAGCUCUGCAUCAGUGUCCACUGCACCCCGCACUUGUAAAAACAGCGAAAUAGAAAAGAUCACAGAGGACUCUGCGGGAACCACAAUGGAUGCGCUGAAGGCCCGUAUCCGUGAGCUGGAGAAACAGAUCCUCCGUGGGGACAGAUACAAGUGUCUCAUCUGCAUGGGGAAGCGCUUCCCAGCAGGGCCGGACAGCGCAAGCGGGGGCGUGGCCAGGCGCGGGGGCCCAGAGGCUCCGCCCCCGGGCUCCGGCUGCCGUUUGUACGGAGGCUUCUUCCCGGGCAGCGGUGGGACUAGCAGACUGCUGCCCCUCCGUAGGGACUCGUACACUGCUCCCCUCACCUCCAUCCAGUGUUGGCAUGUCCACUGUGAAGAGUGUUGGCUUCGGACCCUGGGAAACAAGAAGCUCUGUCCACAGUGUAACACCAUCACGUCUCCCGGGGACCUCCGGCGGGUUUACCUGUGAGCACGCCGUCCUGCCUCCAUCCUUCACGUCUCCGUUUCACUCUGGUGGAUUUCAGUCGCCCCCGGCCCCGCCCCCGGCCCCGCCCCCUCCGACACAGCUGAGCUCUCCUGCCUCACUUGGACUGGCGAGGACUUCGUCCCAGACUUCACGGCGAAACAUCUCAGCGAAGACCUCGUGUCUCCACAGCUGGCUUGCGAUGUCGCCCCCUUCUGGCUGACUAAGCGUGGUGCGGGUCCAAACCACCACCCGCCUGCCUGAGGCUCUUCCUCGCUGUGAUGGAGCUCCCUCCACCUGCUUGACUGCUGUUGUCACGUGUGAGCACAUGUGUGCGGGACCCCCCCCAACCCCCCACCCCCCACAGGCACUCAAUAAUAAACAAAUAGUUAACAGUACUGGUUAAUGGCUCCGCCCCCUUUUUUAACAGUACUAGUUAAUGGCCCCGCCCUUUUUUUAACAGUACUAGUUAACGGCCCCGCCCCUUUGACUUUAGCUGUGUCUCGGUAUUUUUGAGUUUUAACCCUUUCCUUCUCUUUGUGGUGUUCUAGUGAAUUCAGCCAAAUUCAGUGGACCAGUGCAAACACACAAAUGUAUUAUAGUCUAUGUAUGUUUACAGUGUUGUGAAUAAAUGACAGAGAAACACACUUGUACACACACACACACACACACACACACACACACACACACAGGAGGCACGCAGGUGACAACACAUAGACAUACUCGCAGAAGUAUAUAUUGAUGAAGUUUUAGUUGGGGUGGGUUUGGGAGGGGGGCUGUGUUUCAACCCUUGUGUAAAAGAAAUCCCUCUGUAUUUUUAAACAUGUUGUCUUGAGGUUCAAGUUGUAUUUCAUUGUACAGGAAGAAAUGUAAGUAAUAAUAUUAAUAAUGAACUACUCAAGCUAGGCUUUAAAGAGUUAGACUGGACUUUUCCAAUAUACAGUAUAAACUGUAGAUUCAGAUCUGACGCAGGGAGAGUGUGUUGCUCACCUGUUUUUGAGAGAACCAGAAAGACUGGUAAUACUUUCAGUGAUGAAACUCUCAGAGGAUUCAAAUGGCUUGUUAUUACUUCAUAUUGGUGUAAGAUUGGUACAUGCUGACCCCAGACCAGGUGUAAUUCUCUUCUUCCGCUCAGAUGUGGACUCGUGUGAAUGUGAGAAAUUGAAUCGCUUUGACCGCCCUCCUUUCAGGGACACGUUCGGCUUGUUUCGGUCCCACACUGAAGAUAAUUGCUUUAUUUUUCAUUUUUGUUUUAAAUUUGUUUUGGUCUGGUUUUCUUCCUGCAAGAGGACGGGUCAGUCAGGACCGGCGCGCUCCUUGGGCGUCCCACCUCCACGCGCUCCAGGAGUCACAUGGUGUGCUUUUGUAUUUGUAAAAUUGUAUUCUGUGAUUUUUCUGUAUUGAUGUAAGCAAAAAAAAAAAAAAAAAGCGGAAAAAAGGAAUUGCAGGAAGGAAAGACGUGAUCCCAGUGCCACAAUAAAGGUGAAGUGCUGUUUGGUUAGAACUUCAUAUACAUGUUCUCUUCUUUUGCUCUGUUAGCGGAGAGCACAGCAUCCGUCCUGCUCUGCUGCAGCUCUGUAAAUAUCCCCAGCUGUGAGAUGCUGGCAGGUUGACAACCAUGACAGGAAGUGAGCACGCUUCCUAAAGACAGCGGGGUUCUUAACGAGCCUCUUGUGGAGCCUAAAGGACAUCCCGCCCUUCUCCUGUCUCCUUUCAAAUCCUGAUGCAAAAAAAAUAAUUCAGCCCCAGAAAUGGAAAAUUGCACAAAAUGAUUGUGUGACCUGAUGUGUCUUGUAUAAUUCUUGAGAAAAUGGUACGUGUCUUACCCGUUUGUAAAAUUUGACAGUAAUUAAAUGAUUAUACAUCUGAA